UGAAGAUGGUUUUUUGAAUAUGCACGAUCAGCUCAGGGAUCUUGGAAGGGAAAUCGUUCGUGAAGAAAAUUUUGAUGAGCCAUGGAAGCGUAGUAGGAUAUGGUCUCAAGAGGAAGCAUUGGAUGUAUUAAAAACAAAUGUGGGAAAAGGAAAAGUUGAAGGACUCAAUAUUGACUUCAAAGAUAUAUCAAGGAGCCAAUGUCUGGAGAAUGAAGGGUUUGCUGAAAUGAACAAAUUAAGGUUACUUCGAGUUGAUGAUGCAAUAUUUGCUAAAAACUUCACGCAUCCAUUUUCACAACUGAAAUGGCUUAGUUGGAUGGGAAGCCCUAUGCAAUUUACACUAAGAAAUUUUGAUCCAAGGAAACUGGUUGUCCUUAAUCUGUCAUACAGUGAGAUUACAGAAGACUGGUUGGGUUGGAAACACAUCAAGGUGGCAGAAAAUCUAAAAGUUCUAGAUCUCACAUCGUGUAAACAAUUAUCAAGAACACCUGACCUUUCAGAAAAUCGACUCUUGGAGAUAUUGAUUCUUGCAGGCUGUUAUCGUUUGAUCCACAUUGAUGAAUCCGUCGGUCUUCUGAAGAAGUUAAGAGUUUUGGAUACUUCUGGAUGCUUUCAGAUUGAAUCAUCCCCAAUGGUUUAUCUCUCAAACCUGACAAAUUUAGAGAUAUUCAGCUUUAAAACCAGUGGGACUCCGGAGGAGGUGUCAAGUUUUAUUGAGAAAUUUACGAAAGUGAGAGCUUUGAAGUUUUACUGUCGUAGUUUCAGCGACCUACCAGCUGCUAUUAGUGUUCUUACUUGUGUUGAGUCUCUCAGUUUACAAUGUCUAGGACUUCGGUGCAUCUCAAUUCUUCCCUCAAGUUUAAACAGCCUAAAGAUUACCUACUGCCAUAAUCUAACCGAGAUUCCAGGUGUCAAUGAAUUGGGAUCGUUGAAAACCUUGGAAGUUGUACAGUGCUGUUCUUUGGAGAGAUUACCAUAUCUAUCAAAUUGUAAAAAAUUGAAGCACCUGAGAGUUUUAGCCUGCGAGAGCCUAAUCGAGAUUCCACGAGUGGACAACUUGGAUUCCUUGGAAGAAUUAAAUAUUAGUGAAUGCAUAUGGUUGGGAACAUUACCAGAUUUGUCAAAUUUGAAAAAAUUGAAGACCUUAAUCGCUUAUUCCUGCGUUAUUUUAUCCGAGAUUCCAGGUCUCAAUGGAUUGGAGGAAUCCUUGGAACAAUUGGAUAUUAGUUGGUGCGAGUCUUUGGUCAGAUUACCAGAUUUGUCAAAAUUUAAGAAGUUGAAGAAGCUGAAGGCUAUACUUGAUGAGGAACAUACCAAGAUUCUAGGCAUCCACGGAUUGAAAUGCUUGGAAGAAAAACGCCAUCCUGAACAGACAUUACCAGAAGAAGGUUUAUUCUUCAAAAUGCAAAUAAGAAAGUAUAAACGCAUUCUGGACGCAGUAGAGUCGAAUAGGAAACAGAGAAAGAUAAAGGAGGGGUGGUGGCGAAGUCUCUGCCGUCAGUUCAGAGAAUCCAUUAAAUAAACUACCAGCUAUUACAGGUC